AUGGCAGUGGACGAGGCUCAGAUUAGUGCAAGCGUGCAGGCUCGAGCCGUGCAAGUGCAACAGCUGCUUAGUCAGCGCAAGCACGAGGAUGCGGUGCGUGUGGCGCUGGAGGAACCGCCGCUGUACUCAAAGAACAACGCGGUGAAGGACGAGAACGCCAAGGUGGUGAUGGGCGCGCUGUUGGCUUGUAACAAGGGCGAGAUGCAACGUGCUAUUGACUCACUCAGUAUCCCAAUGGAGGACAGUCUUAUGAAGUAUCUCAUGCGCUUCCUCGGGGCUGCAUCACAGAGUGCAGCUAUACUCGAAUGGCACCAGAAACUUGUACUCAAAGCUGGCUCGGGCUGCGUCAUGCGCGCCUUUACGGAUCGGAAGCAGGUCUGA